CCACCAAGGAGGGGAGGAAGGACUGCCUGACCCCAUGGAUAACCAAGGAGCUCUCUCGGGUCAGGGACGUAAACGUGAUGCCCCCUCCGACACCAGCAGGCCCCUACACUUACGCCUGCGAAGCGGCCAUUGACAAUGCAAAAGCUGUCAUCAGCAACUCCAAGGCACUGCGGGUGCAGAGCGACAAGAUGAUCAAGGACGCGGUGGCUCUGACCAAGGCGGCGCAGAAAUCGGUCAACGAUGGACUGACUCAGAGAAUGGCCGAGAGCGUGUCUGUGAUGCAACACAUGGAGGUCAGCUCUGGGGAGACGCGAGCCGGCAUCAACCGCGCAAAGCGCUGGUACGACGAGAUGGAGCUGGCCAAAGGGAUGAUUCUGGGCCCAGAGACUACGUUGCACCUAAUGACACAGGAACGCCUAGACAGGCCGCUGGUGAAGGUUUACCAGCGCCAUCCAGGAACCCAGCUCACGGAGGCAGCCACUCUCGUCAAGAUCUAUGUAAGUUUGUCAGUUCUGGAUGUCAUGCUGAAUCUACGCAAGCUCCUCAGAAAGUAGAGGCAACUGCUGUGCUUUCUUUGUAAAUGCUGGACCGACCGAGGAAUUUGAAGUUGCUGACCCUCUCC